AUGGCCUCUACAGAUCCACCCCAAACAGCAGACUACAUCAUCGUCGGUGGUGGAACCGCCGGACUAGUCGUUGCAGCUCGUCUGUCCGAAUAUUCUGAUGCCAAAGUACUUGUCCUCGAGAGCGGCCCGGACCGUACCAAAGACCUGAAAGUGCAAGACCCUGAUGCCUGGAGGGAUCUUGGCGGAUCCGAGCUUGACUGGAAAGUGAAAAUCGGACCACAGGUCAAUUUGAAUAAUCGCGAACUCGACCACCCAGCAGGACGAGUACUGGGCGGAUCCUCUGCCAUCAAUGGAAUGGCAUAUGUCGCUCCAUCGCCCGCUGGAAUCGACGCCUGGGCUAAGCUGGGUAAUCCAAACUGGAACUGGAAAUCGCUGUUACCCUAUCUUCAGAAGAGCUAUACCGUGACGCCGCCAGACUCGCGCCCUGACCUGAAAGAAACCCAGCGCACUCCGUCGACAGGACCUGUACAGCUGACAUUCCCCGCUGUUGUUGACCCCGGUAGCAAGCCUCUACUGGAUGCGUGGAAUGAGGCUCUCGCCGCUCAGGGAUACGAGUUCAAUCCAGAUAUCCUUGCAGAAAAGAACUCCCUUGGACCUCGUGCUUAUGCCGCUACUAUUGACCCGAUUUCAGGUCAGCGCAGUGGAGCGGAUCGUGGGUAUGGGUCUAUGGUAUUCGGGCGUCCCCAUGUGCGCAUCAUUACAGAUGCGACAGUUCGUCGGAUCCUGUUCAACCCGAAUGGUCCCAGCGUGACUGCGAGCGGAGUUGAAUACACCCACAACGGGCAACUUGUAACAGCCAAAGCUUCGAAAGAAGUCAUCCUCGCGGCUGGCUCAUUCCAUACACCCAAGCUUCUCGAGCUAUCCGGGAUCGGCCAGAAAGAGCGACUGGAGAACCUCAGGAUUCCUGUUAUCCUUGAUCUACCCGGGGUAGGAGAAAAACUCCAGAAUCACCUCAUGCGCCCAAUCAUUGCUCCACUCAAGGAACAUCCCGGUUUGCACAAUAUCACGCCCGGAUUGAAGAGUUGUGCCAUGACUAGACUGGACCCCGAGGAACAAGGCACACUUUUAUCCGCAAACGAGGGCAAUCUUGAUAGCCUCGCCGACCAGACAAUUCGCUCAAUUAUCUCCAGCCCCACUGAAGCUUCGGCUUCGAUCUUCCUGGGUGCCGUGGCACCAACUCUGGCUUUACUAGUACCAAUCAUAAGUUUCCCAUUGUCCCGUGGGAGCUGCCAUAUCUCCUCCACUGAUCCCGAUGCACUGCCAACUGUUGACGCGGGACUAGCUAGCAAAAAGCUGGAUCUUGAGAUACUGGCUAGACACAUGCGGAACUGCUACGAGUUGAUCAACUCGCCCGGUCUAAGCUCUAUCUUUGAACCGAACGCGGCAGACUUGGAUAUCGAGUCUAUUAAGAAGGACCUGCGUGAGACAGCAUCGUCAGCACACCAUGCCUGUGGAACGGCUGCUAUGCUCCCCAAGGAUGCGGGAGGUGUGGUUGAUCCGAAUUUGACAGUCUACGGGACGCAAAAUCUGCGCAUUGUAGAUGCCAGUGUGUUCCCGUUGAUUCCUCAUGCAAACCCCUUGGCCACGGUCUACGCAGUUGCCGAGCGUGCUGCUGACCUGAUUCGUGGUACUACUGGCUAG